CACCAGUGCUUAUUCACAGAAUCACAAGUACUAAUUAAUCUUGAUUUAAUUUCUCACUAGUGGUGAUUCUUGUUCUGUUUUUAAUUUUCAAAAAAAUGGCUUUAUUCCACUCACAUUGUAACAUUUUUUGCAUCUCUAUUUUGUUUUCCUUGUUGGCUAUGUCCUCUGCUCAACUAUCUUCAGAUUUCUAUAGCUCAACAUGCCCUAAAGCCCUCUCUAUCAUAAAUUCUGCAGUGUGUAGCGCUGUUUCGAAAGAGCAUCGCAUGGGCGCUUCAUUGCUCCGUCUUCAUUUCCAUGAUUGCUUUGUUAAUGGAUGUGAUGCAUCAGUCCUCCUAGAUGACACUUCAAGCUUCACCGGAGAGAAAUCAGCCGGUGCAAAUGUUAAUUCUCUGCGAGGUUUCGAAGUGAUUGACAAUAUUAAAACUCAAUUGGAGACUGCUUGUCCUGGAAUUGUUUCUUGUGCAGAUAUUGUUGCUGCUGCUGCUCGCGAUGCUGUUGUAGCAUUGGGUGGUCCAUCAUGGAGUGUUGGGUUAGGCAGAAGAGAUUCAACAACUGCAAGUAAAGAUACUGCCACUAGUGAUAUUCCAUCCCCUCUAAUGGAUCUUAGUGACCUCAUAUCUGCUUUUUCAAAUAAGGGAUUUACCGCCAAAGAGAUGGUUGUCCUUUCAGGAGCUCAUACAACAGGACAAGCCAGGUGUCAGUUGUUUAGGGGGCGGAUUUAUAACGAAACAAUCAUUGAUUCAAAUUUUGCAACCUCAGUGAAAUCAAACUGUCCAAGCACUGGUGGUGAUAGCAACUUAACCUCACUUGAUGUUACAACCAAUGUGUUAUUUGACAAUGCUUAUUUCAAGAAUCUAGUUAACAAAAAAGGACUUUUACAUUCUGAUCAACAACUCUUUAGUGGUGGUUCUACUGACUCUCAAGUCACUACUUAUAGCACUAGCCCUUCAACUUUCUCUGCAGAUUUUGCUAGUGCUAUGGUGAAAAUGGGAAACCUUAGCCCUUUAACAGGAAACAAUGGCCAGAUUCGUACUAAUUGCCACAAAAUUAACUAACUAAUCAUAGAAAAUAUGAUGAAGAAAUCAUGCUUGUUUAGUUACAAAAUUUAAUGUAAUAAUAUGAUGAAGAAAUCAUGCUUGUUUAGUAGAGUCUAUAAUUAUGGUAUUUCCUUGUAUCAUGUAUGUGUCUAGUUUAAUGUUUUUCUGAAUCUGAAUUAUAAGGUGUGGUGGUUGUAAGUCAGAUGUUGUUCUUGUUCUCAAUAAAUUUAUAAAAUGGAUAGUUAAAUAGAGUGAUAUUGUUCUUCUUCCAAAAAACACACUAUCGCUUUUUGUUUUACGA